AUGGUGAGGGUUGCCGGAGAUCUCUCCCCAAAGCUGCAGCUAUCUAAAUAUAUUUGUUGGGUUUCAGGUCUGUUGCAUUGUGGAAAGAGUUGCAGACUUGGAUGGAUAAACUACCUAAGGCCUGAUCUCAAAAGAGGCAAUUUUACUGAAGAAGAAGAUGAGCUUAUCAUUAAACUCCAUAGCUUAGUUGGAAACAAAUGGUCUCUCAUUGCUGGAAGAUUAACCGGAAGAACAGAUAAUGAGAUCAAGAACUACUGGAAUACCCACAUCAAACGCAAGCUUUUGAGCCGUGGAAUUGACCCUCAAACACACCGACCGAUCGGCGGCGCCGCCAACCCCACCACCACCACCACGACCACAACCACUACUACUGCCACCACACCCACAACCCCUUACUCCGAUGGGGUCAUCAACUCUUCUUCACCGGCACAUGCGCUUACGCCGGAGAUUGUUGUCAUGAAUAUUAACCAUAGUAAGGCUGAAGAGGCACAGAGCAGCAGCGGAACCACAGAAGAACACCAACAAGAACCACCACUACCACCACCACAACAACAACAACAGUACCCAGAUCUCAAUCUUGAUCUAUCUAUAAGUCUUCCGUUCCAACUAGGGAAACCGUCGCCAAAUACAGCAGAAUCGAAGCAACAAAUAUUGUCUAACUACCAGGUGUUUACAGCACCACAGCCCGUCUUCACUCAAGCAAUCUGUUUGUGUUAUCGAUUAGGGCUUCAAAGUAGCCAAGCUUGCAAUUGGCAAGCCACCAUGAUAUCCAAUGGUUUCAAGGGAUGA